ACAAAAUACAAGAAGAAUCAAAAUGGCAAAAUUUGCUCUUAUAUUCCUUCUUGCUAUACCAAUGGUCACCGUUGGAGAAGCUAAGGAAACAAAGAGUAGUUUCCAAGAUUCUGAAACCUAUACAGCUUCUUGGGCUGUAGAAAUAAGAGCUGGUGGAAAGAUAACUGCUGAUGACAUAGCAGUAAAGCACUGCUUCCGAAACAUGGGGAAAAUGGAGAUCGGUAGUGGCAGAGAAAUUUAUCACUUCAAACUUUGUGAUAGUGAGAAAAGGUCCAUGAAAACUGAUUCCCCAGACAUGACCAAGAAAGAACAUCUCCUUCGUGAGCCAGAGGUCGGGUUUGCUGAACAACAAGUAAUCCGUCCGAGAGCUAAGAAGAGUUAUGUUGCACCAACUGAUCCUCUGUUUAGUACGCAGUGGAAUGUGCUAAACUCUGCACAAUUUGGGGAGCAGUUCAGAGGAAAUGAUUUGAAUGUUGAGCCAGCCUGGAUACAGGGAUACAGUGGGUGCAAUGUCACUGUAGCUGUUGUGGAUGAUGGGUUGGACUUUACUCAUGCAGACCUGUUUGAUAACUUUGCUCCUCAAGUGGCUUAUGACUUUAUUCAAAAUGAUCAAGACCCAUCCAGCAAUUUCCCCAUCUCAUGGCACUAGUGUUGGUGGGAUCAUUGGAUCCGUCAAGAAUAAUGAUGUAUGUGGUGUGGGAAUUGCUCACGAAGUUAACUUAGGAGGUCUGGCCCUGCUCGGUGCAGGGACUGAUAUGAACGAAGCUUCUAGCCUGACUUUUGAAAACGACAUUGUGGACGUGUACAGCAAUAGUUGGGGACCGUUCGAUGAUGGCAACACGGUAGAUGGUCCUGGAACAUUAACACGCAUUGCUUUUGAAACAGGAACUACAGAGGGUCGUGGAGGGAAGGGCAGUAUAUACGUGUGGGCUAAUGGUAACGGCGGAUCUGAUGAUGAUUGUGCAGCUGAUGGCUAUGCCAUUAGUCCAUACACCAUAUCAGUUGGAGCUCUGGGAGUCGAUGGUUACCCCAGUCCCUUUGAUGAAGUGUGCUCUGCAAAACUGGUCACUGCUUAUGUCACAAAUCCAUUUGGAAACUCUGCUGUGACGUCUACAGCUGUUGGUGGAGGAUGUACUGAGUCAUUUGGUGGAACAAGUGCAGCCACACCCAUGGUCUCGGGAAUUAUUGCUUUAACCCUCGAAGCUAAGUAUGUACCUAAGAUGUGUGUGUCAUGCAAAAAAUGCUGAGAGUGAACACAAUACUGGGGAUUGUGUAUAAAUGUGGCACAAUAUUACUUCCCCUUGUUUUUCCCAAAGGGACUAUAAAAUUACUUCAGAAUUGUGUGUGUUGUAAAGUAAUAUGUAUAUGUUAUUACACCUUUUGGAGUGGUGUUGCUGGUUUAUACAGAUAAACCGCAGCACCACGACAAAAGGUGUAAUAAAAUGUUUAUCACCGCUGAUUGGUCGUUGCUGGGGAAACCGCGCGCGAAAAUGGCGCAUCCACCCAAAUAAGGCGAUGCGCGUGAACCUGCGCAUAGACUACAUAACGUGCCGUUAAUUCUAUCGUACGCCGCUCAGCCAGGCAAACGCGAUCGACGCUGACAGAUCGAGGGAGCGAUUGAGGGAGCGAAUGGCAGAGGCUUUCCGUUUGGAAGUCGAGGGUUG